AUGUCAUCUACCGACGACACUGCAAUCAGCACCCCUGUCGACAUUCAGGAGCCCAAGGGGACUGAUGGCGUUAGAUCUCAAACCAGCCUAGAGCCCAAACCACCCGUGACUACCAAACAAUGGCUGCUAGUCCUCAGUGCUUUUGUCGUGUUUCUAAAUACCUGGGGAAUCCUGCUUACCUUUGGCGUCUUUCAAACCUACUACGAGCAAGUAUUGCUGCCAGACAGAACAGCGUCUGAUAUAGCAUGGAUUUCAACUGUUUCUGCGUUUAUGAUGCUGUUCAGCGGUUUGAUAACCGGCACGCUGUUCGAUUAUGGAUAUCUGCGCCCGUUGCUGUUUUGGGGGAGCUUGUUGGAAGUCUUCGGUCUCAUGAUGGUUAGCCUUUCAACCAAGUAUUAUCAGCUGUUCCUUGCUCAGGGCAUCUGUACUGGACUUGGAGGUGGCAUGCUCUAUAUUCCGGCCAUCGCCGCAGCCGCAGCUGGUCUUCAACAGUUUCGACGAGCAAAGUUUAUUGGCCUUAUUGCUUCUGCCACCGGGAUAGGUGGCGUAAUUUAUCCGAUCAUGUUUCGAAGACUUGUUUCUCCCCUUGGAUUUCCCUGGACUGUGCGCGUCAUCGCUUUCACUAUGUUCGGGACGUUCUUAAUGUCCUAUUUAACUCUCAUCUACAAGCCACAGAAGAAUUCUCUUGUUCGGCCCCUGAUUGACAAGGCGGCUUUUACUGAUGCGGGCUUUCUCCUGCUGGUGUUGGCCGGAUUCUUCUGCUCCAUGGCUUACUACAUGCCCAUCCUGUAUCUUCCCUCAUUUGCCGAAUCCAAAAUUCCCGGGUUUAGUGCACAAAACACAGACCUGGCCUUCUACUUGGUCUCUAUUGCAAACGGAACAUCUGUGGUUGGCCGCCUAAUCGCAGGAGCCAUCGCGACUGCAAUCGGUCCAACUGAAACGGCAACCUUGGCGGCUGCGUCAAGUUCGAUUAUAUUGUUCCUGUGGAUUAUAGUCAAGUCCAAAACCAGGAUGAUUGUCUGGACAGUAUUCUGGGGUCUUGCAUCUAGCGUCAUCGUUGCAAUGCCGGGUGCAAUGGUGCCCCUUUUCUGCCCUUCUUUGCAAGUAAUCGGGACUCGCACCGGUAUGUUCUGGGCGGGCGUGGGCAUAGGUGUUCUCAUUGGGUGCCCUGUUGCAGGAGUAUUGAUAGAUGUCAAAGCUGCAGAGAUACAUUGGUGGCAAUUGCAAGUCUUUGCAGGCGCAAUCAUGACAGCUGGGACACUGUCCUUCAUUUACCCUGUAAUUCAAGUGCGGAAGACUCGUUAG